CUCCGAUACAGUAUCGCACACGGUACAAGAUUUGGUGUUCAUUUGGAACAUGACCGAUCCGCUGGUGGUUAAUCCAGAGAUAGAGCUACCACAGUUGGACAUCAGCAACAACUACACAACCGACUGUACGAUCGAGUACUCGACCGGUAACUUCACCUGUCUGGCGGUAGUGUUUAACCUAAGAAGACGCUUGGGCUACCAUCUAUUCCACACGUACAUCCCGUCGGCCCUUAUUGUCGUCAUGUCCUGGAUAUCGUUCUGGAUCAAACCGGAAGCCAUCCCUGCCCGGGUGACACUGGGCGUUACCUCGCUACUAACGCUAGCCACGCAAAAUACGCAAUCGCAACAAUCGCUCCCACCGGUAUCGUACGUGAAAGCAAUCGACGUCUGGAUGUCGUCCUGUUCCGUGUUUGUGUUUCUAUCGCUGAUGGAGUUUGCAGUGGUCAACAACUAUAUGGGUCCGGUAGCAACGAAAGCUAUGAAGGGCUAUUCGGACGAGGACCUAUCGGAGGCGAUCGACUUUAACAAAAACGGUUACAACAAGGACCACCGUUCGUCGGAAGUUCCCCGGUACGAUACGUUCUGUCAUGGGCGGGAAACGGCUCUCUGUAUCGAUAAGUUUUCCCGCUUCUUUUUCCCCUUCUCGUUCUUCAUACUGAACGUUACCUACUGGACAACGUUCCUUUAA